GAAACUUUUAUGUGCUUGGAUCGUGUUUUUGUUGUUUCUGCCUUUCGCUCUCCUAUCGGCUCUUUUAAUGGAUUAUUAUCAAGCUGUGGUCCAGUACAGUUGAGUGAGGCUGUUAUAUCAUAUGCACUAAAAGAAUGUGAAUGCGAUCCAAAAGAUGUGGAUGAAUUAAUAAUGGGGCAUGUUCUGACUGCCGGUAUAUUUUUGUUAAUGAUUACUUGUAGGCUUGGGUCAAAACCCAACACGACAAUUAUCACUUAAGAUAGGAAUUCCAAACACAUCUCCCGCGUAUAGUGUUAACAUGUUGUGUGGAUCUGGGCUACAAGCCAUUAUUCUUGGAUUCAAAUCGAUCAAAUAUGAUCAGAUGAAUGUGGUUGUCGCAGGUGGAAUGGAAAGUAUGUCAAAUGCCCCACAUACUUCCAAUCUCAGAAAGUCUGUCAAAUUUGGUUCUGUUGAGUUUACAGACACUGUACUGAAUGAUGGGCUCAUGUGUGCCAUGAGUAAAGUUCACAUGGGUGUCACUGCUGAGCAUGUAGCUAAGAUUGCCAACAUAACACGGGUAGAGCAGGACGAAUUUGCUUUUAAUUCUCAACAAAAAUGUGGAAAUGCUAUGAAAAUGGGGUUUUUUAAUUCUGAGAUUGUUCCUAUUACAAUAUCUGUCAGUCGAUCUGAAAAUAAAAUGAUAACACAAGAUGAAUUUCCCAAGCCUAAUACAACAAUUGAAGCUUUGGGGGCGUUAAAGCCCUGUUUCGUCAGAGAUGGGAGCGGAACGGUGACCCCGGGGAAUGCCUCUGGAAUAAAUGAUGGAUCUGCAGCCGUCGUUUUAAUGAAUCAUAAGCAAGUUGAACGAAGAGGUUUAAAGCCUAUUGCCGAGAUUAUUUCAUAUGCAUCUGUCGGUUUGGAGCCAAUGGAAAUGGGUUUAGGCCCUGUCCCUGCUGUUAGGAUGGCGAAUUGCGCCAAAGCACUUGUUGUCAAAAAUAAUUCACGACGUCAAUUAUUUACAGAAAUUGGAUAUCCACCCGAGCCCAUUGUAACUAGAUGGGGUAGUUGGUUAAAUGCUGCUGACUAUUAUGCAAAAAAUUUAACACAAAUCAUCAAUAUUUGUAAUGGUAUAGAAGAGGAAUCUUUAUUGAUACAAAGAGCAAAGGAAUCCGUUAUGAAUGAAUUUCUUCAUACGAAUUUAGAAGAAAUAAGCCGGGAAUAUCAUUUAUUAACAGAUAUUUUAAUGGAAAUUGAUUCUAAUAAAUUCACUAUUUCAAGAGAGUAUCAUUUUUUAAAAAAUGUUGAUUUUAAAGAAGAUUCCUGCAAAAUUUGA